AUGCUUGGAAGACACACGAUUACGGCCCGCCGGCUCGGCAGCCGGGGGCUCUCCUUCUUCAGCGGAAUCGAGCUGGCGCCACCAGACCCGAUCUUGUCGUUGACGACGGCAUACCACGCGGACCCGAAGCCCGAGGAGUACAAGAUCAACCUCGGAGUCGGGGCGUACCGGGACGGCCAGGGCCGGCCGUGGGUGUUAGACUCUGUACGGCAGGCGGAGCAGCAGAUUGCCGCAGACAAGAGGAACAACCACGAGUACGUGCCGAUCCUCGGCACGAGCACGUACGUCGGGCUCGUGCAGCGGUUCCUCUUCCAGCAGGAGGGGAUGCCGUUCUCGACGAGAUUGCUCGUUGACGAGGACAGAAUCGCCACGGGGCAGGGCAUCUCCGGAACAGGAAGCUUGAAGGUGAUGGCGGAGCUUCUUGCCAAGAAGGUCAAGAGCGACAGCGGCCGUGCCGGCGGCCGGGUGUUCAUUCCAAACCCGAGCUGGGCCAACCAUGCGUCGAUCUUCGCCAGCUCGGGCAUGGAGGUUGGCACGUACCGCUACUACGACCCGCAGACGCAGGGCUUGGCGUUGGACGCCCUGUUGGACGACCUGGCGGCCCUGCUGCCGGGAGAUGCGGUGCUGCUGCACGUGUGCUGCCACAACCCGACAGGCGUCGAUCCGAGCGACGCCGAGUGGGACCAGAUCCUGCAGGUGGUGGAGGACAGACAGUUGCUGCCCAUCUUCGAUAUGGCGUACCAGGGCUUCAGCCACGGGAUUGCAGAGGACUUGGCGGUCGUCGAGAAGUUGGCCCGGCGCAUGCUCUCGUCGGGACUCAUCGAGAACGCCAUGUUGAGCCAGAGUUUCGCCAAGAACCUGGGCUUGUACGGCGAGCGGGUCGGCUCCUUCUCCCUAAUCACGGCCAGCCGGGAGGAGAAGGCCAAGGUGCAGUCGCAGCUCAAGCAGAUUGUCCGCUCGAUGUAUUCGUCGCCGCCCUGCCACGGCUCCAAGAUCGUCGAGCGGGUCUUGGGCGACGAGCAGCUCUACGCUCAGUGGUGUGGAGAGGUCGCUGUCAUGAGAGACCGCUUGAAACAGAUGCGUCUGCUACUCUUUGAACAGUUGCGCAACCUCCGCUGCCACGGACCGGGCACUACGGGACCCACCGGCUGGGAACACUUGGUCCAGCAGCAAGGCAUGUUCUGCUUCACGGGGCUCUCGCCCGACCAGGUCAACGCCUUGCAGAAACAGAGCAUCUACAUGACCAGCAACGGCCGCAUCAGCGUCGCCGGGAUCAAUGAGGCCAACGUCGAGCGCUUGUCCCGGGCCAUUGCAGGCGUCUUUGCGUCCUGA